GAGGCAGCCCCGCAGUGCAGGAGCGGGGCGAGGCCCGCGCUGGGGUGCAGGAGUUGGGGGAGGGGAGCCCACGCCGGCUGCUGCAGCAGCCUGAGCCGCUGCCCGAGUUCGGGGACGGCUCCCGCGAGCGCGGGGAAGAGCUCGAAAGUUCCGGCGAGCGGGGGGAGCGGAGUUGGGAGAGCUGCGGGCACCUCGGACGGGAGGCGGUGGUCCUGGGAGCCGCCCCAGCACGCCGAGAACGACGUGAGCUGCUGGGGAGGGCCCGGCCGGUGGGGCCCCGGGGGCCGGAAGGGGAAGGGCGCCUAGGGGUGCAGGAAGCGAACUGGCUUCCAGGGGUUCAAGAAGGACAAGUGGUGCAAGCUGUCCAGGAAACGUACUUGAACGGGAAGGGAGCCCAAGAGGGAGAGGGACACCCCGAGGGGCCUAGGACCCGGAGGCGCAGGCGGAGGAGGAGGUGGUAACCCUGCCUGGCACCAGGAUCCCUCCAGGGCCAAAGAGUGCAAGAUGUAGGGGUUUGCUGAGUGGGGAGCAACAGAGCGCUGUGAACCGGGAGCUUUGGAUUCCUCUGCCCGAGGGCAGGUAACGGCCUGCAGGAUCCUCUUCUGCUACCUCAGCCUGGACAUCCUCUAAGCUGUGUCUUAGGGAGGCAGCAAAAGGCGGCAGGUGACAGAUGUGCAGCACCGUUACGUGCUGUGCACAGAAAGCUGAUCGCCCACCAUGGUUCGAACUCUGGCCCAGGCUACUGGGGGAAAACACAUUGGGGGAUCAGCAGACGGCGUGAUGGUUACAUCGUUGGACUCCCAUGUAGUUGACUGCGAUUCGAGUCCUGGAC